CACAGCCUGGCGGAGACGGCGUUCUCGCGGCACCUUGCGGCGUUCGGUGACGGUGCGGGAGAAACGCGCGAUUCUGCGGCACAGCAGCGCGACGGCCCUGGCCGGGGGUUAAGUCUCUUCUGUUGGAAGUGCUCUGUAUACGUGUGACGGCGGUGGCUUUUGUUUCUCCCGAGUAGUGCGGGAGGCACGGCGCGCCGUGAAGGGAGCGCGUGAGGUAAGCGACAUUGGCGGCGGCGACGGCGGCGGCGGCGGCGGCGACAGUGCAUUACGAGCCACCGGCAGAAGACGAAGGAGAAGGAGGAGGUAGUGAAGAAGGAGGAGAAGGAAGAGGAGAAGAGAGAGAGAGAGAGAGAGAGAGAGAAAGAGAAAGAGAGAGAGGGACCGCGUCAGGAAGCGCUUGCACGCGGUGUGGCGAAAAAUGGCGAAGACGUUUCGCGCGGUGACGGUCACGACUCUGUCAAACAAUGGACAGUCUACGCCGAAGUACAACAAGCCGGUCACGCUCAAUAUUAAUUAUGACCCGCAGGGCCUCAGCGUCGAGCUCGUCUCAGGAGAUCUUAGCAGCAGGGAAAAAUCAUCCUUAUUGGAAUUUCCAGUAACUCCCAGCACCGAAUGUUCUCGUAUAUCAUCUCGAAGUUAUGUUUUUACAAUUGAUACAGAUAGUUUACUCAUUACAUUUGCUAAUGAAACAGAUUUCCGCAACUUUCAUUCGCAAAUAGUAAAGCUCAAAAUGGGGAAAGGCGUGUCAGCAUUUAAUGAGAGAACAGAAGAGUCUUCGGCGAUGCAGUAUUUCCAGUUUUAUGGCUACUUGUCGCAACAACAGAACAUGAUGCAGGAUUAUAUUAGAACCAGUACAUACCAACGAGCGAUUCUUGGCAAUUUGUCCGACUUUAAAGAUAAGGUUGUGCUAGAUGUAGGAGCAGGGUCUGGAAUAUUAUCAUUCUUCGCUAUACAAGCGGGUGCAAAAAAAGUGUAUGCAGUAGAAGCGAGCAAUAUGGCAAACCAUGCGGAAUUACUAGUUGCAGCUAAUAAUUUAUCAGAUAAAAUAAUAGUCAUAGCGGGAAAAAUAGAAGAGAUCGAUUUGCCGGAGCGUGUGGACUGUAUAGUGAGCGAGCCUAUGGGAUACAUGCUAUAUAACGAAAGAAUGCUGGAAACCUAUCUACAUGCGAAAAAAUGGUUGGUUCCAGGUGGAAGAAUGUUUCCCUCCAGAGGUGAUCUGCAUAUUGCACCAUUUUCCGAUGAAAAUCUUUACAUGGAACAGUUUAACAAAGCUAAUUUUUGGUAUCAGACAUGUUUCCAUGGAGUAGAUCUCUCUGCCAUGAGAAACAAUGCCAUUAAAGAGUACUUCAGGCAGCCGAUCGUCGAUACUUUCGAUAUUAGAAUAUGUAUGGCGAAAUCGGUGAGGCACAUAGUAGACUUCCAAACAGCUAAUGAGACUGAUUUACAUAAAAUAGAAAUAGAUGUCGAUUUUCAUAUACUGGAAAGUGGCACAUGCCACGGUCUAGCCUUUUGGUUCGAUGUAGCAUUUAUCGGAUCGACGCAACAAGUUUGGCUGAGUACGGCUCCUACAGAACCUCUCACGCAUUGGUAUCAAGUACGCUGCCUCCUGGAGAAUCCGCUCUUUUGUAAAAGCGGCCAGCUACUCUCCGGGAAAGUAAUUCUUAUAGCGAAUAAAAGACAAUCUUACGACGUAACAAUAGACCUGAAGCUCGAGGGAACGAACUUGGAGAGCAGUAGCAACACUUUGGAUUUAAAAAAUCCUUACUUCCGAUAUACUGGUGCUGCAGCGCAACCACCGCCUGGCUUGAAUAACACCUCACCUAGCGAGUCGUAUUGGACAACUCUAGAUGCGCAAGGUGCUCGACAAGCAGUGAAUAUGGUUAACGGAAUGUCGGUUAAUGGUCUCGGCGAAGUCUCGAUGGACACGAGUACGGCCGUAAAUCCGAAUAAUUUGCUGGCAAUAGGUGGCCAGCCAAACAUACAUCCCGGUUCUAUCUCGAGUACUGGACGAGGUCGUGUGGGAGGUACAGCCACGAGCACACAAGCAGCACAAUUGAUAGGAGGUGGGAUAACUCCGAACAUGUUCACAUCACCCGCUACUCUUGGUGUUACUUUCCAGCAAUCGCUGGUCCUUGGCAACACUUCUCAUUAUCCAGUGAACCCCAGCUUGAUGAUCGGCGACUACGUGACCCCUGGGAACGGCAUAUCGCCCCAGGCGUAUCGGCAAUGAUCUAUGGCAAGAUCAUUCCUCGCCGAAUAUUCCCGCAAAAUAAAACAGUUACAGAGUGAGCGUAAUAGCUGUAGCAAUAUUGGCGAUACCGGCAACAA